AUGGGCCGUUGCCUCAGAAAUUGUUUCCUGCAAGCUCCGAAUUUUCGACUGCUGGAUGCUGCCACUGUACUGUACUGCUCGCCAUCUACCAAGACGGCCUCGAGCAGUGCCACCAUAUUGAGUCCGGUUGAUUUACUCCUCACAAACAUCUCAGAUCUGAAUAUUGUAGGAUGGGCAGAUUCUCACUAUGUAAGGUUGCGCGGGGUCUCGGAUCAUCUGCAGGCAAAGGGUGCUUUUGUGUCUGCUCAAACAUCAUAUGAUUGGUUCAAAGCCAAGAGGAUCUGUGCAAUCUGCUUGGUCCAUUUUGUUGUUGGAUCGUCCAUGGUCCGUGAACUACCUGCCCUGCAGCGCUUCCCUGAUGCUCUGCCUGAUGUCUUCGCUGCACAGGGUAGCAUCCUGGGCACCCACUUGCCCACAGUCCCCUCGCGUGUCAUCGGCCUGGCCUUAUACGCUUCUAACUACUCCGCCCAGUAUACCAAGUGA